GGAGGAGGAUGAGGAGCUCGACGAAGAUGCAGAAGGCGAAGAGGAGGAGGAAGAGGAGGUGAUCUCUCAACGUGACUUCGAGUGAUGAUGAUGGCGAGGACGAGCUAGACGAAGAAGACGCACCCGAAGUCUUACCAAAAGCCACGACCUCUCGGACAGCCGCGAAACAAGCCAGAGCACAGGCGACCGCUUCCACCAGCAAAACAGGUACCAGCAUGAGUGGUGAUUCCACCACUGCGUCGUCCACACGAGUAGCUCAGAGUUCCCCUAGCGCUGCCCUCAAGAUCAAGUUUAGCGUCAAAGGGAAAGGUCUUCCUUCGUCUGUCGACCUCGGUGGAUCAGGGACAAAGCGACCUUCAAGAGCUGCAGCUAGGAAAAGUUCAAAACGGACAAAGAUGGUCGCGAUGGAUGUUGAUCUGGGGAGCGACGAAGACGAACUUGACGUCAUGGAAGAAGGAGAUGACCCGACGGACGAGCUGGAUUCAGGCCAGAACUCCGCUCAGAGGUCUACGAGUCCUUCCAAGAUGACAGCAAGACAAAGGGCUAGAGGCAACAAGGAUCUGCAGGAGACAUUGCUAGAGUUGCCGCAUGGCAAUGAAGGCUCCAGUAAAAAGCAGCUCAUAUUGACGGAAGCAGAGAGGAUACAAAGGCGUGAAGAGGUUGCCAGGCGGAGGAAGCGACAGACGGAGCAAAAGCUGCAGGAUGAGCAGGACCAAACGAUCAAUCGACUACUUCGUGCUCAGACUGGCAGAUCAAGAGCUAAGCUCGACGUCCCCUCGCCAGGUGAAGAAGGUGGAACGGGAGGAGGCGGAUCAGGAGUCGGUGGCUCUCGCUACCCUUCACCAUCAAGACGGACGACUACUGCGGCCCCACUGGAGAAUAUGAUCAGGUGGAUCAGCUCAAUACAAGAUGACAAUGUCGUUCUGAGAGUUGCUGCGCCAGCAGGGAAAGAGGAUUGGAUCGCGGUCAGUGAUGCGACACUCGCCGAAGAUUCGACAGACACCAAACCGGUGCUUCGGCGCGAUGCGCGAGGAACGUGUGGAGUAGAUGGGUGUGAUGCUGAGCGCAAAUAUAGAAGUGUAAAAAAGUUUGAAACAGGCGGCUGUAGUAUGGAGCAUCUUAGAGCCGUAGAGGCGGGGCUGGCUUAGGUAUCUAGAACGCAUGACGACGAUGUGACGAUCUAAUGUGUGAAUGAGGCGCAAGCUCGAGGCCGCA